AUGACUGAAGCACUUAAAGUGACAAAUUCAAAUACAAAUAAUGAUUGGAAUACGGACGAAGAAUUCGAUGAUAUUUUCAAUAUUUUCGACGACAACAAAGAUACACUUGAAUAUACAGACGAAGAAUUAAAUAAAUAUUUCUAUUCUGGUCAUUUGUCUGCAAUAGUAUAUGAAGAAGAAACAAUAGAUGACGAUUCUUUAAAAGAUGAUGAUGAUGAUGAUGAUGUUGUUGUUGUUGUUGAAACAAUGCAACAAGAAGAAGAAGAAGAUGAUGAUGAUGAUGAUGAUAAUGGGAUUCUAUCACAAAAAUUCAAUCAAUUAUCGACGAAUGCAGAGGAUGACCAAAUAUCGCAUGUUACUCGUAAACGUCGACGAUCUAGUGUUGCAUCAUCAAGUCCACAAGAAGUUCAUUUGAAGAAGGCAAAAAUAAUUAUAGAUGAUGAUGUUGGUGAUAAUAUCAAUGAUCAGAAUAGUGAACAAAACCGAAUACCAAUGUAUUUAUUAAUGACAAAUAGACGAUUCCUUCAUAUGGCUCAAGCAAUCACAAAAUCAAAUAGUUCUAUUCAUAUCAAUGAUAUACAACAAUUAGCUGUAUUAAUGCAUCGAAUAGCAACGGUUCAAAUAGAUAGAUAUAUGAUGAAAGUCUAUUUACAUUCAGUACAAGGAACAUUAAAAGAAUCAAACUAUAUUCCCAUUGAAAUUGAUCGACGUGUAUGGCCUAUACAAGUUCAAUCAUUAAUGUUAACACAUCACAAGUCAACAGCAUCUAUGGAAAUUCAUACAAAAGAAGAAGACGAACAAAUGGUAUGUGAACAACUUUUACAUCAACAUUUACAAGAUAUGAAAGAAAAAAUUCAAGAUUAUGAACAACAAUUAAAUGUAAAGAAACAAACUUUAAACGAUUUUACAUCCAAUGUAGAAGAAAUAAUUCAAAAUUAUGUACAAAUAUAUGGCAUUAAACCAUUGAAUUUGAAACGUGAUUUAAACGUUGCCUUACUCAACUAUCACUAUGAUUCAGAACUAUUACAACGUCAAUAUCUACAUGAACAACCCAAUGAAUAUCAAAUUCAAAUUGCAAAAAGCAUUUCAGAUGCAAAACGUGAACUAGAAAAGGCACGAGGAGAAUUAAUAGAAUUGAAAUAUCGUGUCUUUUAUGAUAAACCAUUGGCUUCAUUGGAUUCUAUUCAAGUAUCAAUUCCAAAAGUCGAUGAUAACAAUGAUCAACGAUCCAUGGACAAAUAUGAAAAAAUAAUUCAUCGAAAUAAACUUGAUGCAAUGGCUAUUAAAAUUGUAGGAGCAGAAACGAAAUUUUAUCAAUGUUCAAAAGCAUUCGAUGAUGAAUUAUCGACAAUGUGGAAAAAUCAUCGUCAACUUGUCAAAAAUAAAGGUAUGCCAACCAGAUUGUCUGACAUUAUUGAUCAACGUUUAAAGAUACUAUCGGAUCGGUGGCGAGAUAUCUCUAUUUAUCGAAUUCGAAGUUUUUCUCGUCCUACAUAUUACAAUGAUAUCGAUCCAAUAACUACAAAUGAAACUAAACCCAUGAUAGAACGUAUUGGAUUUUCAUCAUCACUCAUCAUUGAUACAUCACAUUCAUUCAUUAGAAAACAAUUAAAAAUAUUAAAUCGUGGACCUACGUAUGUGCCACCUUGUCAAUUAUCAAUAUCAUCUUUAAAUCAAUCGAUCGAUGAUAUUAUCAAGAAGCAAUAUGCAUCAUUAAAACAUCAAUUAAAUAAUGUAUUUUCAAAAUAUCAUGUUAAUAUAGCAUUAUCGAUGGAAAUUCAACAGAAAAUCAGUGAUCAAUUUACAAAUCUGUUUUCUACAUCCGUGCCUUCGAACCUUCAACAGCGUGGUCUUCGUGAAAAACAUCUCGUUCAAUCGAUUCGAUUUUUAUUAAAUAAACAAAAUUUAAUCUUACGUCGAACGGCUGACAACAAGAAUACAUUCUAUUUGGGCAAUCGUAAAGAAUUCGAAGCAAAAGCAAAUGAUUAUUUGAUGAAAUCAGAUGAUUAUACAAUUUUCGUACGUAACUAUAAAUCCAAUGUAAGUCUACAAGAACAUGUUGAAUUAAAACAAAUGAUAGAAUCAAUGAAUGAAUUAUUGGUACGAUUAAAAAAUCAUAAAUCAAUCACUGAUGAUCUCUAUCAUCGUUUAUUGAUUGAUGCAAGUAAAGUUAAAUUAUCUUAUCUAUACUUCUUACCAGAUGUUUCACAAGAUAAUGAAAUUUCAAUGGUGCCUAUGAUAACAUCAGAAUCUAGUGCAACAUGGAAAAUUGGUAAAUAUUUAAAUGAUUUAUUACGACCGUUUGUCAACAAAAUUCUACAACCAACAGUCUUUCGUGAUGAACCUGAUUUUAUACAAAAAUUACAUCAAUAUGUUUAUACGGGCAAACGUCUUCAAUCAACAACAUUAUUUUGUACGAUUCAAAUUUUGAAUUACUAUGCAUUGGAUCUACAUCAAGAAAUGAUUGAUACAGUGGGUUAUUUCUUACAAGAUAAUUUGGUAUCGAAUAAACUUGGCACAUUGACAAUUCAAACAAUUAAAAAUCUAUUACAUAUUUAUCUCUAUUAUAAUAUAUUCUAUUAUAAAAAUCAAAUUUAUAAAAUCGCCAAAGGAAGUCCAACGACAAUGGCAUUAUCAGAAAUAUUAUCAACUAUUUAUUUAUUUGUAUGGGAAAGUCGAAUCACGAAAGAACUUCGUUCAAAAAAUGAACUAUUUGGAAGAUAUAAAGAUCAAAUCUUUUUCACAUGGAAUAAUUCAAAUGAAAAAGAACUUCGUCGAUUUUUACAAACAAUACAAGAUAAAUAUUCAUCUGUUCGAUUUCAACCACGCAUUGGAUCAACUGUACGAUUUUUUAAUGUACACAUCGAUAAUUCGAAAGGUGAAUUAUCCACUCGAAUCUAUCAUCAAUCAAUGACUAAAAAGUAUUCGUUACCCUAUGUAGUGGGUCAUUCCAAACAAGCUCAUAGUGAUUGGCUUCGAUCGGCUUUAAUUCGUGCUGUUUGUUGUUGUUCUUCGGUCGAUGAUUUUCAUCUUGAACUACUUACUCUUGAAUUAGCUUAUCUUAGCAAUGGUUAUUCAUUACGAUUUGUUGAAUCUCAUCUAGAUAAUUUCUUCGAUUAUUUUCAUGCUUCUGAAAUGCGAUAUUUAAAAGAUCAAAUUAUCUAUGAUAAAUUUCAAAAGAAUUGGUUCGACUAUAUGCUUAUGCAAUAUGAACUGACCGAUAAACUUCAACAAUUCAAUGAUAAAGGCCAAUUGAUUCAAUUGCAAUAUCGUUAUGAAUAUGGUCCACGAUGUGAAUUCAAUCAACAAUUUCAUCAGCUUUGGUCCCAGUAUUUUCAUCGGCAUCCAACUUUAUCCAAAGAAAAAGUAAAAGUAUUACUGACAACAAAACAUCAAUAUUCAUUAAAUUCUCUUUUAACCGAAGAGAAAACAAAAUUAUCUUCGUCAAAUAAUAGUAUGUCAACCAAUUCACACCCAUAUGAUCAAGCAAAAUUGAUCGAUAAUUCUUCAACAGAACAAGAAAAUCAUGACUGUAUGCCUCAAUUAUUUAUUCCAUCAUCUCUACCAUCAAAUUAUAGUCUAAGUCAACAGGUGACUCCAACAAAUGAAGAUCUACCAUCUUUAGUUGAUUUUCUAAGUUGCUAUGUUCGACUUACACAAUAUCAGGUCAAUAAUGACAUCGAUGUUAUUAAUGGAAAGGCUGAAGAUGAUCUUCAACUUCAACUAGAAGAAUUGAAAAAAGAAGAAGAAGAAGAAGAAGAACAUCCAAAUACACAAGAAUUAAAAGAAAUCUUAUCGUUAUAUGAUUUAGGUUCAUCUUUGGAUGAUAACCAUCCAAUGAAUAGUAUGAUUAUGACUGUUUUAUCACAGUCUAAAUCAGAAGAAAGUGACACAAAAGAGUAG